CGACCUAUGGAAGUUUAAAAACCGGAAGUUUCUUUACUGUCAGGUGAUUUCAUAUUACUAGAGGAUGGAGAGACAACUUGAAAAGCAUCUCGAGGAAACAUGCCGUGUUCCCGGAAUAAGUGGAGCACUGUGUGCAGAUAACAAUGGACUUUGUUUAGCAGCCCGUGGGUGUAAGCCUGAGUUAGCAGGACACGUUGCCAGUAUAGCUCAGCAGGCUGCUCAGCUCCACCCCAACUCUUCCACAACACCAGUCAUCUGUAUCGAGUCCGAGGGAGGAAGUGUGUUGAUAAAAUCAGAAAACGAUGUGACCAUGGCCAUGUUUAAGACUCCAUUAUAGCAACACUUCAUUUCAUCAUUACUUUGUUAUAUUUGCAAUAUAAAAUUCAAUAAAAACAUAGCUGUCGUG